AUGGAAUAUUUACAGGCUUGGUUAUUAUUUAUUGGUUUUUUUAGAAUAUUAUGUUCUUUUGUUGGCUUAGUCUACCCUGAAUUUAUGAGUGUUGGUUAUUCAAGAAAAAACAAACAAAAUUUUUCAGGUUUAAUUUCAAGAAUAUUUUUUUUGUGGAUAUUUACAACUGGAUCAAUAACAAUUGCAUGUUCAAUUGACAUUACAAAUAGAACUGUAUAUUUCUUAACUUGGUUAACAUUUGUAACAGGUUUAGGUCAUUUCUUAACAGAAUACUUUUAUUUUAAAUCGAACCAAAUCAAAAAUAAUCUCAUUCAAUUAUUUUUAGCACUUCCAUCAAUUUUCAUAAUGGGUUCAACAAUUUUAUCUUGGUAA